AAUGAUAAAUCACAACAGAAAAAGGGUGAAGAGGAAGGAGGGCAGAAGGCAGUUGCCCCAGAUAUGCUUAUCAAACAUCCCCUACAGAACACCUGGACCCUCUGGUUCUUCAAAAUUGAAAGCAAUCGCAGUUGGGAAGAUUGUCAAGUUGAGAUUGCUAGCUUCAACACAGUUGAGGAUUUCUGGGCGUUGUACAAUCACAUUGAACCAGCUUCGCGAUUGAAAGUAGGUUGUGAUUACUCAAUGUUCAAGCAAGGGAUUAAACCCAUGUGGGAAGACGAACACAACUGCCGAGGAGGUCGAUGGCUUAUUAAUCUCAACAAGCAACAGAGAUCCACUGAACUUGACAACUUUUGGAUGGAGGUGCUGCUGCUAAUGAUUGGAGAAUCUUUUGAAGAACAUAGUGAUGAAGUGUGUGGAGCUGUUGUUAAUGUGAGAGGCAAGGGUGACAAGAUUGGUGUGUGGACAGCUGAUGCAAAAAAGAAUGAUAGCAUCCUUAAAAUUGG